AUGACCUCUGUCAAGACAGGAGAUCUGGGCCUGAAGAAUCAGAACAGUGUGGCAGCCACAGGAGAGGGGGAGGAGAAGAAGGAUCAGAGCGAGGAAGAGCCUGGGGCAAAGACUCCUGUUCCAGAAAGUUGGGACAAAAUAUUGGCAACUACAGAAACAGUGUUGACAAAGCAGAGGAAGAGACCAAGGGCCACAGCAGCUGUUCCAGCCAAGGAGAAGGCGGCCCAGGUCAACCCAUCCCCGGCCUCUUUCCCACGACCCACCACCAAAAGAAGUCAAAGGCUGAAAGCCUCUGACUUCAAGUCUGAGCCUCGGUGGGAUUUUGAGGAAGAAUACAAUUUGGAUGUGGGGGGCCUGCAACCGACAUGCCCAGACUCUCUGAAGAUCAGGGCCUCCAAGUCACCGUGGCUAAAGAAUAUCUUUCUGCCCAACCUCACUCUCUUCCUGGACGGUGCCCACUUCACCCAGAGCGAGUGGGACCGUCUAGAGCACUUUGCACCGCCCUUUGGCUUCAUGGAGCUCAAUCAGUCCUUGGUCCAGAAGGUGGUGACCCGCUUCCCUCCGGUACCCCAGCAGCAGCUGCUCCUGGCCAGCCUCCCCUCGGGGAGCUCCAGGUGUAUCACCUGUGCCGUGGUGGGCAACGGGGGCAUCCUGAACGAUUCGCACGUGGGCCAGGAGAUAGACAGCCAUGACUAUGUUUUCCGACUGAGUGGAGCCGUUAUUAAAGGCUAUGAACAGGAUGUGGGGACCCGGACGUCCUUCUACGGCUUCACUGCCUUCUCCCUGGUCCAGUCAAUCCUCAUACUGGGCAGUCGGGGUUUCCAGCAUGUGCCUCUGGGAAAGGAUGUCAGGUACCUACACUUCCUGGAGGGCACUCGGGACUACGAGUGGCUAGAAGCGAUGUUUUUGAACCAGACCAUGGCAAAAACCAAACUUCACUGGUUCAGGCACAGGCCCCAGGAAGCUUUCCGGGACGCCUUGGACAUGGACAGAUACCUAUUGCUGCACCCAGACUUUAUCCGUUACAUGAAGAACAGGUUUCUGAGGUCAAAGACCCUAAACACUGCCCACUGGAGAAUAUACCGCCCCACCACUGGUGCCCUCUUGCUGCUGACGGCCCUUCAUCUCUGUGACAAGGUGAGUGCCUAUGGCUUCAUCACCCAGGGCCAUGAGCGCUUCUCUGACCACUACUAUGAUAAGUCGUGGAAACGGCUGAUCUUUUACAUAAACCAUGACUUCAACUUAGAGAAGACAGUCUGGAAGCGGCUGCAUGAUGAAGGCAUCAUCUGGCUGUACCAGCGCCCAGAGCUCCCGGAAGAGAAGAACUGA